CUCACAUUUCGGGGAAUACAAAUUAUCAAUAUAACCUCACGUUUGUGUUGAGAACUGUGUGAUUGAUCAUAUAUAACCUUAUUGAUCCAUCAAACGAAGCAAAUUUGCCUCGAGGCUGUGGAUAAAUCGUGGAUACUCAGAUAUCCAGUCAUACGAUGUGAUCUCGGAUGAGGACAUAAAUUGCUCAAUUUCCUCUUCACCCAGGUCAUUUUGAAAGUCUUGAGGCAUACGGAAUCCGUUGUCGGCUUCUCUAUAUUAGGAAGUCCUACUUGCAAACCCUCCUUCAUCAACUUAUUUAAAGGCAUUCGCCAGUUUUUGACAUUUGUUCCUUACAUCCACCAUGAUGAGCGUCGCCCCAAUGCUUCUAUACUAUCGAUACCCAGCCGAUUUGGCUGUUCCUUAUCAACGUUACAGUUCCGCUGCAUAUCCUUCCGUCAGUCUCUAUGAGUAAGCGCUCACUCCAGUUUUCGUUCAUUCUUUGUUCCUCCGAAAGUACGAUUUCUGCUGCUCAAGCAUGAUAUUCGCCACGAUUUUGAACCUUCCAAGUGAUAGAGAUGAACCACAAGCCUUCACCCCAAUACGAAUACUGAAAAUCUCUUCUUUGUUUUCUGUCCCCUAUCUCCAGACACUAACACAUUCCUCGUCACCAGCUCCGAUAACGAGCCUCUUCUUCCCCGUUCCAAUCGUCUUUCCGCCCUUUCAACCGCUCCCUAUCCUUCACACACCUAUUCCCAACAUAUGUAUGCCGCUCCAUCCUUUCAUAACGCCCCUGUUAGCGAAGAUUCCAUCAUUCCCGCUAUCGUCAUCGAUGUAAUUCCGGCCGAGCGACGUUACUCCUCUGGCUCAGAUACUAGCCAAAAUGAUACCAUUCGACCAAGAAGUAAAACGGGACUAGUUUCCAGACUUGUGAAGAAGAAGAAAGACAAAGCGAAGAAUGCUGGAGAUGAAAAGGAAAAGAGGUUAACAAAGGUGAUCUACAUGCCCAGGAGAGAGUAUGUUAUUCCAUAAUUUUCCUUUAUCCCCCAGCUACUACCUUCAAGUAUUCUGUUCCACUGUCAAGCGUGGCUUGCCUUUUAUGAUGCAGAACAUACUAAUAAACACUCAUAGAUAUCUCAAACAUUUCGCCCGGGGUCAAAGUGGUGAAUACAUAGGCACCGAACCUCAUCGCCGCUGGACAGAAGAAGAGCUAGAACAAACAUUCGGAAGAUUCAGACCACCUGCUAAAAGAAAUAGUGGAAUGUUUUGGACACGAGGUUAAGAUUUUCUCUCCAUAGUUUGUAUUUCGGGUUUCUUGUGUGGCUAGCGAUAGUAUUGGUAUUGGUAUUGGUAUUGAUUGCUAUGAAAGUGGAACAAGGAAGGUGAUGGAAUUGGGCACGACACAGUUGAAAUGACAUAUUGAAUGGAUACAGGCUUGGUUUCGGAGUACUAUACCCUGGAUUUGAAUUUGGGGUUUGAAAAUGGAUAAUUUGCUUUGGUCAGCUUAGGGAUACGAGAUUGGUAAUAGGAAAUUAAGGGUUAGGGGUUAAUCUGUG